GUUCUCUCAGAAACCCAAUUCCCGUUCGCUCAUUCAUUAUUCUCCACUACAGAGGCUCAAAAACGACGUCACAUCGUUUUCUUCCUCCUCCAGCAAAGUUCAUUACUCAAACUAUAUAUCAUAAAAACUACCAUAACCUUCUCAAGCCCCUGAAAUAUCUCUCUCUCUCUCUCUCUCUCUCUCUCUCUCUCUCGCCAUGGCCAUGGCUAUGCAAAGUGGAAUCGGGAUCUCGAAGAUCCUAUUCAUUGCCGGAGCCGGUUACACCGGUACCAUCCUCUUCAAAAACGGUAAAUUAUCCGAUAUCAUCGGCGAACUCCAGUUACUGGUGAAGGGAUUGGAAAACAAGUCUGGGGAUCAGGUUGAUGGUGACGGGGAAGUUGCUGAUGCCAUUGCUGCUCAGGUGCGUCGUUUGGCCAAUGAAGUUCGUCACAUAGCAUCAAACAGGUCUAUCACAGUAAUGAAUGCGGGUUCAGGACAAAGUAACUUAUCAUCUCUUGUGGUUCCAGCAGCUGCCUUAGGUGCUGUGGGUUAUGGUUACAUGAAGUGGAAGGGCCUUUCAUUCUCAAGUCUUAUGUACGUGACUAAACGUAAUAUGGAAAACGCAGUAGCAGAUUUGACAAAGAAACUGCAGCAUGCCUCAGAUGUGAUUGCUGAUGCCAAGAAGCACUUGACCCAGAGAAUUCAAAAUUUGGAUGACAAAAUGCGCAAACAAAAUGAGAUGGCACGCUCUAUUAAGGAUGGAGUUUCUGAAGUUCGAAAUACUGUUGAUAAUAUACAUGAUGACUUGAGCUACAUGCAACAAUCGGUGGCAAUAUUGGAUGGAAGGUUGAAUACAUUGAAUAAGAAUCAGGAUCUUGCAAACAGGGGAUUGGAUUAUAUUAUUGACUUCAUAAGGAACAAUACAGGGCCGAAUUAUUUACCGGGAACUUUUCCGCGUGACCAACCAAAACUAAAAGGGAGGUCUCCUGGUAUGAUCACAUAUCCAGGAACUCCAAAUCUGAUGGGUCUUAAAGACAUUGCAGAAUCAUUGUCUAGUUUAGACAGAUCAGCUUCAGAUUCUAUUGUGCCGGGUGGUUUGGAUAUGCCAGAGCAGCAGCGGAGGCCAUUGCGGAGGACUACUUCGACAAAGCCUUGAUGACAAGGUCUUAUAUGACGACCAAGCGUGUCUUUUUAUUUUGUACUUUUUUAUCAGUAACUUUUUGUCUACAUAAAUUAUAAUAUACCUGUUAAUGACUGUUAUAGCUACUGGAAUUUUUCUUCUAGCAUUCUAAUUUUUACAUUGUAUCAAAUGACUAUCAGCUUUUUGAUCAAGCUAGUGAAUUGGGAUUGUAUGUUGUAAAUAGAAUUGAGCCAUCAAGGAGUUUGAUUUGGUGCUACUGGCUUAUUCCAGUUGCUUUUGAA